UGGCUCCUUCAGGACCUCAUGUAACAUUUUCACACUACAUGUUGACCCAUGCCUUCGUGAAUUAUGGCACUGCUUCUAUUCGUACUUGCCUCACGAGUUCUGAUAUCGCUGGACCCGGCACCGGCAAACGACCUCGCACAACGUCAGUGGGAGCACAAGGCCGCGUCCUCGUGUUGUUGAUUGAGAUUGAACCAUCGUAAAAAUAAUGUUCAUCUGUAUCCCUAUCCCUUAGACAAUUUAGAUGUUACCGGCGAUAGCAAGUGCAAGAGCAAGAUGGCGCACACGCCCACUUGUAAGGACCACACCUAGCCAUUCGCUGAACUGCCUUGGUUGUAGUGGUGCUGCCGUCGAACGCUGCAAAUCCAGCUGAAGACCAUGCCUCCCUCCACCACACAAGACGAGAGCCCACUGCGGCUGGCCGGAGCACCGCUUGCAGGUGGACUGGUACAACAGGAGAAAAAUGCUCUAUCCGUCGCACUGCGAGAUCCGCACCACGUUGCUCUGCAGGACUCAAACGACCCAACGUGCAAUGUCAGCUACCCUGUUCUCGCGGAGUUUCUCCACAGAAACGCUCUCGCCGAAGCAGUUUCUGAUGCCUUGCGCGGUCAGACACUACACGAGGACUUCUUGUUCCUCGGAGGAAAAACGGCGUCUCGAGAUGCUGGUGCCGAGGCUGCGGAGCAGGUGGGCUUGUCCGGUGCUGAAAGAGAUGUCGCGGAUAAAGCUCCUGCAAAGUCUCCUUCGCCCAGCGGUCGGAACAAGGAUGAUAUGACAGUGCAUAACCCCCCCUCCCCCUCGUUUGUCAUGUCAAAUACCCAAUCCACCCUUUGCCUCUUGGCUCUGUGUGCAUGACAAGUUCUGGUAGCCCAAGUAGGACUAUACUCCAGUGCAAAUCUGUCAUGCAAAACCGGCAUUCUUGCUGAUGCUUGUAUUGCCGUUCAUGCUAUACAGAUGAGGGGGAGGGGGAGUAGUUGUGCACUGUCAUAGAUGAUGAAGAAGAUGACGAUCAUCGUGUCCUCGUUAUCCGCAUCGGCGUCCUGAUCGGCGGAGAAGCCAAAGAACCGAAUCUUGUUGCGGAGGAAAACGAACAUCUGCAAAAAGAAACAAGCUCUUCUCCGCAAAACAGCCUUUCAAUUGCGGUCCAGGAGGUACUUUUGCUCCUCUCGUUGUUUUACCAGCCUGCACUAUUAAAGACGAUAAGCGAAACGGGCACAGCAAAGAUGGACGAGGACACCAGCAAGCGUGCUUCGUCGGUUGAGCUGCACGAGGACAUGAUCACAGAAGGACAAAAAUCUACUCCGAAAAGAUCCCCAGCAACUACAUACAGACGCGUUCAUUUCAUCGCCUGUCCGAUCGACGCCCGUGGCCCCCUGCCGGACGUGAUGCACCAAGCCAACAGCGUGUUCCGCUGCCACUGCAUAGUGGGAAUCCGAGAUGUGGUGAAGCAACUCCAUUUGGCCUCGACGCAACGAAGCACAACAAGCGAAGAUGGUGCGCACAUCGAUCUACCGAUGCUCGCCGCGAAUUUCUCCCUCGGACUCCCGCGUGCCUCUACUACGAAGAUUGAUGCACAGGUAGACGAGAGCGCACGAAGAAGAUAUGGGGAAGGAGUAGACGGAAGCGGAACAACUGCGGGGAAUAUUAAAGAAGAAGAGUUUUCUCUUUACGUGGACUGCGUCGUGCAAAACAAAAACUACAAACGAACACGACCGGUGCCGCCAUUUCCUACCUGGACAUCAAAGACUCUCAGCGCCGACAAGAAAAACGAGCAGACAGACCGUGUUGCAACUAGUACUCAGCCUCCAGUCCUCCUCCUCCCCACAUCGGGCACCACCACGGGGGAACCAAAACUGGUCACGUAUUCAGCCCCCCAGCUGCGACUGUCGGCAAAAGCGAUUGCGGACUCUUUGGACCUGCGCACAAGCGAUCGGUGCUUAAACGCGUUGCCCCUGUUCCACAUUGGCGGCAUUGCCUGCAACCUCCUCGCGGUUUUGGAGUCCGGGGGGCGAUAUGAAAUGCAAAUAUGUCAGCGUCUGGAAAGGUUGAACUUGUAUUGCGUGCCCAGGACUACAAAAAAAUCUGUAUUGCGUAAAAGCAACAAAAGCGCCACAGUUUCGGUAUGAAAAAGCGCAGUUUGUUUGUCGUGCGCACUAAGCACUAUGACUAUGAGAAAGCGUUUGAAAAAUUUGUCAUGCAAUACUGCACUUAGAGGCGCACUCACUCAUGACCAUAUAAGCAUUACAGGUUUCCAGACCCAGAGCCAGACAUAUUUGCAUUUGAUAGACGAGUGGGUCUCCUGUCGAAGUUCAACUGUCACGACUUUCUUCACGCUGUCGUGGAACGGGGCAUCACCUGGUACUACGCCGUCCCAACCAUGCACCGCCAAAUCCUCCUGACGCUGGAACAAGAAGAAGUAGCUGGUGCGCAAGCGAUAAAGAACGGAGUUUUUAGCAUGACAAAAAACCCCUCUGAAGAUGUCUCUGUCGUGCAGCAAAUUUUGCAAGGCCGUCACAAUCUUCGCUUCGUCCGGUCGGCGUCUGCGCGGCUUCACUUCAAGCAGAUCCAGGCCCUGCGGAGGUUGCUACGCGUUCCGGUUUUCUCAACCUAUGGAAUGACGGAGGCCAUGCCGAUCUGCUCGCCGGCGGUAGGAGAAUGGAGAACCAUGUUGAAGGCAAGAACAUCAAUGGAGCCAGAAGGAGGAGAUCAACAAGCUGGCCAACAUCUUCAACAUCAAGUACAAGGCCAAGAUGCAAUAAUCAAUGAGGACAAAAAUCCCAACCCCGCACAAUUGGAAUCUGUCGGAAAAGUCCUGCCCGGCAUGGAAUUGAAAAUCAUCGCCGCAGUUGAUAAAAGCGUCGAAUCUACUGCUGGUUCAUUCUCUGUGAACAACGAACAGAACGAUCCGGAGGAGGAGCCAGUGGUCUUAACGUUGACCGAUGCCAGUGUCGUUACUUCCACCCCCUUUCCCCUCGUGGAUCUUCCCGUCGGGAAAGUCGGGGAAAUUUGCGUCAGGGGGCCCCGGGUGGUUGCUAGUGCAGGCCAGGACGAUUGGUUCCGUACCGGCGACCUGGGCAAACUCGAUGCGGAAGGAAAUUUGCACCUGCGCGGGCGGUAUGAAUUGCAAAAGCAUCGUACUUGUACUAGUAUGAAUUGCAUUACAAAUUGACUUAGCAUUACAAAUCCAAUUUGUAAAUGCGGAUUUGCCUUAGCAAAAUAAAGAUUUGUAAUGCAUAAACGCAAUUGGUACGAGUGCGUUACUUUGGCAUUUGAUAGGCGGAUCCGAGACGUGCUGAAACGAGGUGGCGAACAGGUGAACUUGUUUGACGCGGAAAAGCGGGCGGACCAAGCGGUGGCUUUAGUCGACCACGAGUUGAUGGCACCACUUGACCGCCCAGGAGGAGCCUUACAAAGCGCAGCAGAAGGUCGUGUAACAGCUCCCUUAGACUACUCAAACGUCGUCCUCACUACUGCCAAGCGCUGUCUCGUGAAGUACCGAAAACAGUUUCGCGCUCUGGCCUUUGCGACGCCGAGUGUGGUCUACGGCGAGGAGCUCGGACUGUGCUUCGUUUUGCCUACAGAAGCAAUGAGCAGCUUGUUAUUGAACGAGUGCAGCGUGGAAAGUAUUUCCGCGGGUGGAGCAGGAGGUGACGAAGCUCCUGCAAGAAGUCGUGCAAAUGAGUCUUCUUCUGCGAAGACGAAAAUCGAGCUCCGUCUCCACGACUUGCUUCUGACACUCGGAAAACUGCUCGCGCAAACCGUGAACCGUGGGGUGGCCGCGCCGCGAAAAGCCGCCGUGAUUUUCCUGGCGAACGAAACGGCCCUUUUUCCCGUGAUCACGAAGACCGGAAAAAUGAUUCGUGGCCGCGCGUACGAAAAUUUCGUCGAGCGAGCGGCGGUAGGCCUCGGUGCUGCACAGGCAUCUGCGUACCCGCGCAUGUUCUUCCGGCCUCCCGGACAGAGACUUGCUGAACAGCACCAGCCAAGAACAGGCGAAGGAGAUGUUGCAGGGCUGCCCAUGAGAACGCCAGCCCCGUUCCGGCCCUCGGUUGGAGCCCCAGUUGUAGGUCGUGCAGUCCCGAUUUUGCCGUCAGGUAGUAGGCCGCGCAGUCCAACAAGUGCGGUAGUUGCAGAGGGUAGUAAUAUUACGACAAGGACCUCCGCAGUAGGUGCAUCAUCUUCUGCGCCGCCGGGGAUGCCGCAUAAUGCCGAACCCUUCGCCUUUUGCGUCUCCGACGCCAACGGCGCGACGCGAGACCGCAUUCUGCAUCGGACGCACGGAAUCAUGGAGGCAGCGAGAGCAGCAAUCAUGGCUUCUAGUACAACUCGGGACGACUUUGACUUUGUGUACCACUGGAAUUCGGUACCGACCGUCCUCGGCCUGCCACCAGAACGGUACCUCGACCGGAUGAGGCCGAAUCCACUCGUUGAUAGGGGCGGAGUUGUUCCACAGCAGCAGCUGGUCGCGCAGCCGCAAAUUAUGCAGCACGUGGUGCAAGUGCAGCCGUCGAGCGGGAGCGUCUACUACAGCAGUUCUCCGUACCAUGUGGCAUACAAUACGGCGACUCCGGUUGUAGGCGCGCUGUCGUCCCACGCUGUUCUUCAUCAGAAUGGAGAGAAUAUGUUGGCACCACGACCAGUUGAGAACUUCUACGCGCCGCCCUAUGCUUUGAGCGGCUCGGCUUCUUCUGCAACAACUUUAUCAUAUCCUCUAGCCCCCUAUCUCUAUCAAGGACCACCGAAACUACAACUUCUCUCCACCGGCGGCUCCUAUCCGGCGCUGCGCGCAGUUCGGUUUCUAUUCGCGUGCUGGGUGAUUCAGCUCCACGUCGGGCGCAUGCCAACCGAGUUCACCGCGAAGCUCCAGAGCCUCAGCAUGGACAUGUCGGCCUUCAGCUUCCUGGCGGCGUUUUUCACCGCCCGCGGGUCCGCACGAAAGCCCAUCGAGAAAAGGGAACGGAGAGAUUACUACAUCAACCGAAUUGGCCUGGCGCACAGUCUCUACAUCCUCUCGACCAUCUUCGCGUUACCGAGCUUCUUCAUCCGCUGCCCCCCGGGGGACUGCAAGCAGGCGGAGAAUGCGGUUGUGUAUUGGAUUGCGGUAUCAACUGCAAAUAUGUCUGGGUCUGGAAGAAUCCGAGAUUUCUCAUGCAUAUUUUGCAUGACCCAGGAUGUCUGUAAUGCUAAUGCAUGACCUAGCAUCACAGAUUUAUAGAGGCCUUCCUGAUGCCUGUUCCGCAUGACAAAUGACCUCCCCGCGUAGCGCAAACUGGACUCCUCUUGCUGGUCACGCAAUACAGAUUUUCAUUUUUUAGAAUCCAAACUUAGCAUCACAAGUGCCAACCCACCAGACCCAGACAUAUUUGCAAUGCAUAUGCGGUGCCGAUCCAGUUGUUAAUCUUCCUCACCGGGUUUUGGCCCGCCAUCUUCGUCGCACCCUUCAAUCCCGUGGCCUGGUUAUGAGAGUGCACAAUCCCCCAUGCAUGUCCCCCUCGUUUGUAUUUUUGCAUGAACAGCAGUACAAACACCAGCACACGUGGCGCCUCUGCAUGACAAAUUUGAUGUGUGCCUAGUGUUGUAGUGCUGUUUGGGCUUCCGCCGGAAUUUGCCAUGCAAACAGUGCCCCAAGGAAGCGAAGCGACUGGAUUGUGGACUUUGCAUGACAAAUGAGAACGAGGGGGACCUGUGCACUGUCAUACUGGUUUCAGGCGAACUACUACUGUUUCUUGUGCUGUUUCCCCUGCUUGGACGAAGUGAUCUCAAGCGAGUUCCACUACCACCCGGCGUUUUUUUCCAUGGGACAAAGUCGUCCUGUUUCGACGACCAGCAGUAGAACGCCGGUCGAUAAAGCGAAAACGUUCUACGCCUGCUGUCUCACCGGCGCUGCUUAUCAAAGUGAAAAGCGUUAACGUUAACGGAAUUUGUGAUGCAGUAAUGCAUCAGAAAACAAGGCACCCAAAUUUGUAUUGCGUAGCAUGCAUGUAAGGCAAAAUUUGUAAUGCAUGACUAACAUCUGUGAAAACCGUUAACGCUAACACUAUUUUGCUUGAUACUGCUGCGACGUUUGUCAUGGUGCCGUUGAUCUUCCGAGGCCUGUUUAUCGCGACGUUUCUGAUUUUCAGCUGGGGCCCGAUGUUCGUCACCGCGGUGUUGAUAUCCAGGAAAAAACACCCAUCCCCAUCCAAUUUGUCAUGCAAAACGUGCCUAAGUUCCACUAUUUGUCAUGCAAAAAAUGGAUGGGGAUGGGUGUUUUUUCCUGGAUAGUUGACUUGGAAACUGCACGAAGCGGUGUUUCUCCCGGCGGUGCAAGCACGGAAGAAAAAGGAAAUGCAAAUAAAUUCUGAGCCUCAGAUGAGCAGAAGUGCGACCAGAAGCAGAGUUUUAGACGAGCAACGAAUUGCUCUCUCUGCAGAUCAUGGCUCUAUGGACGAGGAGAGAGCAACAAACAAUUCAGCAGCAGCCCAAGAUCAGCCAGCCGGAACAGGAACGAACGUCGGAGUGAUCUCCAUGCAUGGGCCGCCAAUCAGCGGUAGUAGAAGUGGUCAAGAUGCAAUUCGUCUGUUCCCGUGGUACACGAAUUCCGUCCUCUGGGCCUUUCUCACGGACGCAAUCUCUUGCUUUUUCCUGUUCCUCGCUUUCUAUGUGAACGCCAACGACACGUGUGCCUGGCUGCCGCCAAAACCGGACGCGGAAGACGAAAAGCGACGAGCGGGCGUAUUCUGAUUAAAAACGUCCCCACACCAGAGUCAAGAUGGGAACUCUGCUAGACAAAUCAGCCACCUUUGGUUGUUUGGCAUGACACGUUUGUCCUCGUAGUGUGAUCCUGUUCAGCUAGUUCAGAAGCAUCACAGAUCUAGCAUAGCAUGCUGAUUCUAGCAUCACAAAUUCCAAAACACAAAGAGAGAGCGCUUCUCUUUCUCAUAGAGCUCCGCAUGAGAAGGCUUUUUGGCGUGCAGAACUGCAUGACAACUCUGGGGUCGUGGGGACGUUUUUACACGGGAUAGGGCGGCAGGAUUUGUUAUUCCGAAGAUGAUCGUGACAAUGUUUCCUACGAGCAAUAUCUGAUCGACUCGGCGGACCAGAAGCGCCACGACAUUGGCCCCUGGAUGGACGGGCGCUGGCUCACGGAGACGCAGUUUUGGUUCGGCACGUGUCGGCUGAUCACCCCGUUUCUGCUGGUCUGGUUCCUGGGUCUCGCGGGGAUCGGGAACCGAAGUCUCACCUAUCGAGCGCUGACAACCUGGAACGGCAUGGUGAUUGCAAAAUACUUGGCGCCGCUGGUAUUAAGGCGCUUAACUUGUGUAAGUAGAAGUGAUCCGCAUCUUGUUCAUCUGCUUGUCUAGUUGUCUGGUGUCUCUCUUAGUUUUUUCUCGAGCGCCUACGACUUGGAAUUCUUCCUGCGGUGGUUCUUUUUUCUUCCACAUCGUUAUUGAACUUCCUGGGAAUAAAAUAUUUGAGAACAUCAAAACACCACCUGAAAAAUACUCAGGCCUAUCCCAUGUACCUGUUGCACUACAACGUCGCUUGGUACUACUGGUUUCUGACCCGCGGCACGACCAACCGCGAAUGGUGGUGGCACAACGCCGCCGGCCACCCCUGGCCGGUGGAAGCCUACAGCGAGACCCUGAUCGUGAUUCUCUUGACCAUGCUCGCGGCGUCUUUCCUGAACUUUUUGCUUUCCAACGGCUUCAUCGCGAGCAUCGGCAUCAAGUUCAUGAAAGUCCAGUGCAACUGUUGCGGCGACUGCUGGGCGUCUUUGCUCGGGACCGGCGGCGACUGUUGUCCGCGGGCGGGAGGGACUGCGGGAAGCACGUCGCUUUACGCGCCUAUGGGAGGAGAACAAGAUGGACAAGUAGAACAACUUGGUGUUAGUACGUUCACUACCAAUUAUCAGUCCGCAGCGAUCGGCCUGGGUGGACGCGAUAGAAUGCAAGUGGAAAUGAACAACUACCCUCUGGCGGCAGCCGCAGGAAGUGUAUUACCGGGUCCUCCUCGCACAGAAGUUUUUCAGCACUACACCAACUCUACGCACACCCGCCUGGCCGAACUCCUCCGCCAGCUGACCGGUGCGAUCGUGGAUAGUGCUUCUCGUCUCGACGAGCUAUCCUGUGCAAAAGUAUCGUACUCGUACUAAUUGCAGUUAUGCAUUACAAAUCUAGUUCCUAAGGCAAAUCCGCAUCACAAAUUCAAUUUGUAAUGCUGAGCCAGUUUGUGUUUGUAUUGCAAUCACUACUAGAAGUGCUGCGAUGCUUUUGCAAUUCAUACGAGCUGGGGCUCGACAGUUUCGGCACCACCGCGUUCACCGGGGUUCUUCGCUCCCAUUUCCCGGAUUGUAUGGAGUUCUCAAACGUUACAUUCUCAAUUGUUACAUGAAUUUGUAAUGCAAGAACCAUGACGAUCGAAGGGGUAAACUUGCUGCUUUCGCAUCACAGAUUUGGUACAGAUUUACAUGCUGGCUAGCCCUUCGGAGAUUUGUCAUGCGAAGCAGCUUGACCAUCUGGCGGCUUAAGGUGGUUUUGCAUGACAAAUCCAUGUAACAGUUGAGAAUGUAACAGUUGAGAACACCAUAGAUUGUGAUGUGCGAUUGGCAAACAUCGUUCGGUGCGAGACGGUGGGGGAUUUGGUGGCGUACUUGACCGCAGUGAAUGGGCGAAGAAGUAGGGCAGUGGCCCAAGAGCACCAAGCAGGGUCCUCGCGAAGUAGUAGAGGAGGUGAUGGCGUGGUUGCGAUGUCCAGUCGGAACGUUUUGAUGGCGAACGGCACCGAGAGAGCGGGUCGGCAGCAGUUAUUGGACCAUGGCGAAACUGGCGGAGUUGGACCACGACCGCGUCUUGGCUAUAUAGAAUGAAUUUGAAGAUGGAUCAUGUACGAUAAAACCGAGAAUUGUACGCAAAUGAUGAAAUGUACGAUGUCAUCUUCGCACUCUUGUAUGAUAUUUGAGCCGGUGUCCCUUGUUGACAAACGCAAGACCACAACCCAGCCGUCGGUUGCUGUCAGGAGAAAAACUUCUGAAAACUACUCAACCCAUCGGCAUCAUCAAUAGACGAC